AUGACGGUUUGGAUUCGAUUUCCUGAGUUACCGGUGGAAUAUUACGAUAAAGAAGCCCUUUUUGAUAUAACGAAACUUGCUGGUAAUCCAUUACGAGUCGACUACGUUACAGAUCAUCUUACUAGAGCUAGAUACGCUAGAGUUUGCAUUGACAUUUAUAUAUCAUCUCCCUUCAUAACGAAUGUCAGGGUUGGAAAUAGUUGGCAAUGUAUUGAAUAUGAAAAUAUACAAUGUCUAUGUUUCCUUUGUGGAAAAAUUGGUCACUCCAAAGACAAAUGCACCUUAAGUCAAGUAGUUGUUGACAUUGCUUCUCUUGAUAAAGAGUUAGACUCGAUGCUUAUCCCUCUGAAAAUUCACGAUGUUGUUCAAAUGGAACGAUCGGAGGCAUGGAAGGAAUGGGACAAGUUUGAUGUCCUGUUCUGUAAUGGAAAGCCAGUACCACCUUUUCUCGACCUUGAUAUGAAGAUCGUCCUAUGGAAUGUUCGAGGAGCAUCAAGGAAUGAAUUCAUACCUCAUGCUUUGGAGGUAAUUUCUUCUCAUAAACCCUCCAUUUUCAUAAUACUGGAAACUAAAAGUGACGUUACUAGAGCCUCUCAAGUCUCCAAUCUUUUAGGAUUUGAUAAAUUCGAGUUUGUAAAGCCAAAUGGUCUUAGGGAUGGUAUUUGGCUCAUGUAUAAAAGUAAUGUUGAGCUAAUUGACUACAUCGAAGGUCAUACUAGGAAUUACUUUCAUGCCUUGUUUAAAUUUUCUUCGGACAGUAAGGAAGUUCUCCUCACAGCUGUGCAUGCUCCUUCCUCCCCUUCGAAGAGGCAUCGACUAUGGAAUGAUCUUCACUCUUCCUUACCCCCUGACGACACUCCAUGGCUCUUCUUAGGUGACUUGAAUGAGGUCACUAAUCCCUCUGAAAAAUCUGGAGGUCUAAAGUUUAGACAAACUCAAUGCUUUAACUUAAAUAAGUUAGCUGAUAUAGCCUACUUGGUUGAUCUAGGCUUCUUUGGCAAUCCUUUCACUUGGCACAACGCUAGAGAAGUACUUGAUAUUAUUCAGGAGAGACUUGACAAGGCUAUGGGAAAUCCGACCUGGCUUAACACCUAUCCCAAUACUCAGGUAUCACAUCUUGCCCGCACUUAUUCUAAUCAUUGUCCCAUAUUAAUCUCUAUUUUUGAUAAUCGGAAAGGAGGCCCUUAUCCCUUUAGGUGUAAGGCUGCAUGGCUUGAACAUCCCGACUUUUCUGAUUUUUUCAUUAUAAUUGGAAUUUGCAUGACUUUGAUUUCUUAA